UGUGUGUCGCGCCAGUACAUUGCAGUAGUAAGCUGGUUCUCGGGUGAUCGGGGCCGAGCCCUAACACUUCGCCUUCCUUCGCUAUCUUUUCCAAGCAACUCGCGCUCUGAAAAGUGGCAACGAAGCAAUGAUGGCGGACUAAAUAAGUUUGACGCAAUUUUUGAAUGUUUAUACUUAAUUGUCAACAUUAAGAAUAAUUUCAGUAGAUAACAACUAAACAUCAAAAUGGCCAACCAUAUAGAGAACUCUGGUGCACAUGACACAACUGUCACAGAAGAGGACAAUUGCGUAAAUAUGGAUAAAGUAGAUCUUCUUAAACAGAGAAGAGAAUUAUCGAGGAAGCGAAAGCAAUGUCUUGUGCAAACUCUGGGCAUGCAGUCGGUAGAAAAAUUGAAAGAAGCAUUAGGAAGUGGCACAGAAAAUACUAAAUCAAAAUCAGCAUUGGAGUUGCUUAGACCAUCUGAAAGAUAUAAAAAUAAAAAGAGUUCUGAUGUUGAUGGAAACCAGCAUGAUGAAGAAACAAAACUACUAUACACAGAUUCUUCAACCUUCCUCAAAGGGACUCAGUCUUCCAAUCCUCACAAUGACUACUGUCAACACUUUGUCGAUACCGGGCAAAGACCUCAAAACUUCAUAAGAGAUGUUGGCUUGGCAGACAGAUUUGAAGAAUAUCCCAAGCUUAAAGAACUUAUUCGUUUAAAGGAUGAAUUGAUAAGCCAGACAGCUUCACCUCCAAUGUAUUUGAAAUCUGACUUGAAAACAUUCAACCUCAAAGAUAUGGGUUGUAAAUUUGAUGUUAUACUAAUUGAACCACCGUUGGAAGAAUAUCAACGAUCUUUGGGCGUUACCAAUGUCGAUUUUUUAUCAUGGGAUCAGAUCAUGGAACUUGAUAUAGGAGAAGUAGCUGCCCCGAGGAGUUUCAUAUUUUUAUGGUGCGGCUCUAGUGAUGGGCUAGACUUAGGACGUGUGUGCUUGCGACGAUGGGGCUUCCGACGCUGUGAGGAUAUUUGUUGGAUAAAAACAAAUGCAGAUGCACCGGGUCACUCGAAAAAUCUUGAGCAAAAGGCGGUGUUUCAGCGAACAAAAGAGCAUUGCUUAAUGGGAAUUAAAGGAACAGUAAGACGUUCCACCGACGGUGAUUUCAUACAUGCCAAUGUCGAUAUAGAUUUGAUAAUUACUGAAGAACCCGAGUAUGGAUCUUUAGAAAAGCCGUCAGAGAUUUUCAACAUCAUCGAACAUUUUUGCUUGGGCAAGAGAAGACUUCAUCUGUUCGGUCGGGACAGUACUAUUCGACCGGGUUGGUUAACAGUUGGUCCGGCGUUAACAAACAGUAACUAUAAUGCAGAAACUUACGCCAGUUACUUUAACAGUAACUGUACGACUACUGGAUGCACAGAGCGGAUUGAGGCUCUUCGUCCUAAAUCUCCACCACCCAAAGGCAGCAAAGGGACGGGGGGUGGUCGAGGAGGCUUUACCCGUGGUGUAGCCCGUGGCAGAGGAAGAUGAAACUGUGUUCAUUGAGUUUUAUGUGGCUAUCUAUUUCUGACACAAAUUUAAAUAAACAUCUCAAAUACGGACAAGCAGCGAUUUUCUAAAUGAAAUAAAUGGUUUUUCAAAUUUU